AUGACGGCCACGAGAUGGACGCGGCCGGCCUGACGCCCCUCCAUCGCGCGGCGCAGCGCGGGCUGUCCCCGGAAAUGGUCAGCGAGCUGCUGCAACUGGGCGUGAGCCCCCACGUGCUGACCCCCGACGGCAUGACCCCCGCUGACCUGGCACGGCGGGCAGGGCACGAGGAGGUGCUGGCGGUGCUGACCAAGCACCAGUGUGGAGAGUCUCCUUCGUCGCCGGAGGAGCUGCAGAACGAGCUGUUUACUCUCAUCAUUCAAGGCGACAACGUGCAGAAGGUGUCCCGCCUGCUGUGUAUGGGUGUCCCCAUCGAGCCCAUCGCCAGUGACGUCAACUCCCCUCUCAGACUGGCCGUGAUUCUUGACCGCUGCCGAACGGUCAACCUGCUGCUGGCGAGCGGCGCGAUGCUUCCUGCCUGCCUUCUGCAGGAUGCCUGGCAGAGCCCCGAUGUGACCUCCGGGGUGCUCGCCACCCUCAAAGCCAACUACUUGUGUCGGCUAAGGGCGGAACGUGGCCGCUUGGACUCCAGCAGGCAGAGUGAGGAACGCCGUCGUCUCUUUAUAAAGGGCAUUGACGACAGGAUUACAGAGGGCAUUGACAGCAUCCUGAAGACUAUCGAGGGUGAUACCCCUUGGCAGGCCGCGUGGCCCAAGGACAACCCGAAGGCACUCAGCGCCCUCAUGGUGGAGGCUGUGCACGCCAAGUGUCCCGUGACCGCGGCCUUCCUGCACCGGGCCGGCGCGUGGUCCUUCCUCAGCGGGGAUAGGGGGGCCAGUGCCUUGGCCACCGCGCUGGAGGAGGGCCACAAGGGCAUGGCCGAGCUGCUGGUCAAGCACCUGGGAACCAGCAUCUACUCCGACGUUCAUCUUCUGAACCGCAUAAAACCCGAGGAGCGGCGGCGGCUGGAGCAGGUGAGUCGUAGUCCCUCAUCACCCGACUGCUUUUUUUUUUUCGGCGUCGCCUAUACCGCCGGUAGACUCUCUUGAGGGCCUCUUAGACGAGCCCAGCCUGUAGGUGGCGCAGGUGUGCAUUAUGUGUAGUGGCUGCCGCGAUGUGUGACUCCUGCAUGGCUCAUGCUGCCGGGGCGCGGAGAAAAACUCGCCGGGCAUAAUCUUGUCGGGUAA